UGAUCCCGCGAGUUCACGUGUCCAGAAGCAGAGAAAAGAUGCUGGCGGCUGUGCGUUCCAUCCAGAAGCCCGUGGUGAGCACGGGCGUGCGCGCCCUGAGCGUGCCGGCCUACCACCCGGACCUCAAGUCCCAGGCGGCCAAGCCCAAGAACAUCAAGUACUUCAAGAUCUACCGUUGGGACCCCGAGUCCAAGGAGAAGCCCUACCAGUGCACGUACCCCGUGGACCUGGACGAGUGCGGACCCAUGGUGCUGGACGCCCUCAUCAAGAUCAAGAACGAGCAGGACCCGACGCUGACCUUCCGUCGCUCGUGCCGUGAGGGCAUUUGCGGCUCGUGCGCCAUGAACAUCGACGGUGGCAACACGCUGGCGUGUCUGAGCCCCAUCAAGAAGAACAAGGACGUGAGCAGCAUCCACCCGCUGCCGCACAUGUACGUCAUCCGCGACCUGGUGCCGGACAUGAACAACUUCUACGACCAGUACACGUCCAUCAAGCCGUGGCUGCACUCGGACAAGCCCCGCGACGUCAACCACGAGCACCUGCAGUCCAUCGAGGACCGCAAGAAGCUCGACGGCAUGUACGAGUGCAUUCUGUGCGCGUGCUGCAGCACCUCGUGCCCGAGCUACUGGUGGAACCCCGACAAGUACCUCGGCCCCGCCGUGCUGAUGCAGGCGUUCCGCUGGAUCGAGGACUCGCGUGACGACAAGACGGAGGAGCGUCUGCGCGCGCUGGACGACUCGUUCAAGCUGUACAAGUGCCACACCAUCAUGAACUGCACGCGCACAUGUCCGAAGGGCCUGAACCCGGCUCAGGCCAUCGGCAAGAUUAAGACCCGACUUGCCAGCCUGCACUAAGCGCGCGGGCGGUAGGCCACGAGGCGCAGCGAGCGAGGCAGCCACGCGCAAGGUGUGAUACAACGUAGCAGCAGAGAAACACACAACACGGAAAGAAGCUGCAGCGGGAGGCGUCUCUGUCAACGAGCCGCGGCGACCAACCGAUCGCACAGUGUUGGUUGCCGAGCGCUUGGAGGCGACAAAUUGAACAAAAAAUACAAAACUCCUACACGCG